UAAUUAGCAGAUACUGAUAAUAUAAUUAUAACUUCUUAUAAAAUAUAUAUAUAUACCAUGAAACACUUUAUUAUAAAAGAUAUGAUCAAUUCAAUUUGGUGCUUAUUAAUAGGACUCAACUACUUGCAUGGUUGCGAAAUCAAAACGUUCUUCAAUGGUAGCCUUGAAGAAAGAGUGAUAAAUAACAAUGGCUUACUCUUCAUUUCUGAACAUGAAAAUGGUUCCAUGAAUAAGGAUUACAUCACCUUCAAAAAUUGCAAUGGAACACUAAAUCUUUAUUCUGAGAUGGAUGAUGGAUUUCGUUUUACCAAUCCUCUGAUCACACUUUUAAACACCAGUGUUUUUGGUGAAGGUACUAUGAAUAAAACGUAUAGACUUAACAACAAGAGAACUAACAAAACUAUAAAAGGACGGCGUAUAGGCAACGAUGAAAAUUAUAUUAUGAUACAUUGGCGUAACUAUUAGAAAAUUAUUUCCUUAGCGAAAAAAAAAAUCUACAUUCUAUCAAAUUUAAAUUAUGGUGCUAUAAAAUACUUAACCAAAUUAUAAAUUUUUUUAAAGGGGAUUUGAAAUUUAUUCUAAAAAAAAUGAUUUAAAUGUUUGUCAUUUUAUAUCACACCAUAAAUAAAAUAUUGAAUAAAUAAUAGCAAGGAAUAUGUACAGAUAU